AUGUCAUCAAACGCUUCCUCGAUCGACGGGCCCUCAGCGCUGACCUAUCGUCGUACUUUUUACAUCAUCACUGCGUUUGCUGGCGCUCUAGCUCUCACGCAGCUUCGUCGAUACUUCUUCCCUCCUCCUUCGGCCUCGCAGACUCUCCAUCGACGAAAUGCGGUGCGGCACCAUAGACACCCCCAGAGACGGGGCGGGAUAUCUCUACCAAGCGGAGAAACAUAUGAAUCGUCUAGCCCGGUAGCGCCAUCACUUGCGCUGGCUCAGCGGGAGCAGGAGGGCAGAGGCUAUGGGCGGUUCAGCAUCCAGGUGGAUAGCGACCGAUCUCUAGAGUGCUCCCUUCUGCCCUCGCAGCUGGCCUCUGUUGAACGAAUACAACGAGAAGUCGGGGCAAACUUGGAGAGCGCGAACUUGAUGCGCCAUUUGAUAGAAGACGAGUUCCUUACGCGGUUUCUGAUGACCGAGUUUCCACCAUCGCAUGUCAUCCUUCUCUCGACUGGAGAAUGGCGAUAUCUACUAAACGAGCUUACAUCCCGUGGAAUAUCGGAGACUGCGGUUAACGAUGCAUUCACGAGGUUCAAUGAGAAUCCAAAUUUCGGUGAAGAACUGAAUCGCGAGGGGGCGGAAGAUCAAGGCGCGAAUAUGGUGGUGAACAGUAAUGCUAUAUCAACGGAGCAGCGCCCGCCACAGCCUGACCUAGGAGACACGACCAUAGAUGACCAGAGUUUGUUUUCAUGGAGAGAUGGUACAAACGAUACAGCUCCGCCCAGAGAAGGGCAGAAUUUGUUGAAUCUGCUCUACCAUAUCGCUGAAGAUCAGGCAAGGCGCGAUGGCUACAUACAUCGGGGGGUAACAUGCAAUAGCUGUGGUGUUAUGCCAAUCCAGGGGAUUAGGUACCGCUGUGCAAAUUGCGUGGAUUACGACCUUUGUGAGGCAUGCGAGGCAUCGCAAGUCCAUAUUCUGACGCAUCUGUUUUACAAAGUCCGGAUACCUACUCCAUCAUUAGGAAGUGCGAAACAGGUCCAGCCAGUGCUAUACCCGGGCAAGCCGAAUCUGCUUCCUCAUACUCUGCCUAGAAAUGUAGCAAAGAGACUCAAGAAAGAGACCGACUUUGAGAAUACCGAAGUGGACGCGUUGUGGGACCAGUUUAGGUGUCUAGCAAAUGCUGAAUGGCUUAACGAUCCGAAUAACCUCCUACUGGCAAUCGACCGUAAGACAUUUGAUAGAUGCUUCAUCCCAAAUAGGCCUCCACCUCCGAGCCUUAUUUAUGACCGGAUGUUUUCCUUCUAUGAUACCAAUGGUGACGGCCUCAUCGGAUUCGAGGAGUUUUUGAAGGGUUUGGCAAGCUUUGGUAAUAAGGGCAUGCACGAGAGGCUCAAGCGAAUCUUUGCCGCUUAUGAUAUCGACGGAGAUGGCUACGUGGAACGGAAAGAUUUCUUGCGCAUAUUUAGGGCAUAUUAUACCCUGAGUAGAGACUUGACCAGAGAUAUGAUGGCCGGAAUGGAGGACGAUUUCAUGGAAAGCGGGUCUCGAGAUGUGGUAUUAGGGAGCCAGCCUGUAAGCGCUGCAUUUCCUGGGACCAUACCUGGGCCAGAUCCGUCCAGAGCGGGUGAAGGCAAGCGCACGAACCUGCAGGGCGAUCUAGAAAUAAUUGAUAACGAGGGGCCCUUGAGAGAAAAUAGCGACGAAAGGGGCGAUAGAGAUAUUGUUUUGGGAGAUGCAGCCAUCAGGGACACACUUGGGCCUAAUCGACCUCGCCAGCGACAUUCGUCACGGGCGGACAGGCUAUCUAGUGCUCAGUUCUAUGGCCCUAUGUCGAGUGAUUGUCUUGUCGAGCGCAUGGGAGAAGGUUACGACAUCCCUUGCUGCGAGACGUAUCCUUGCGAGAGCCUCUUAAACUGGCCUCCGGCUGAACACGUUCAGCGCGAGGAUAUCAUCAACGCUCUUGGGGCUUAUGUACCCCUAGAAGAUGUUACCGAUUUCGUUGAUAGGGCCAGGAUAGGAACAUGUCUUCUCGAGAGACUUCAUGCGGCUGAUGUAGAGCACCAGUCGAAUAUUAGGCGAGAGGGGAUUGAAGAACGGUGGCGAAGGCGAGCCUUUUACCUUGAUGAAGAAGAGGGUACCCUGGGGCGGUCAAGUUAUCAUGGGAACGAGGACGAUUAUGAAGCAACAUCUGACCGAGAAUGCAACGAGGAUUCAGAUUGGCAUAACCCUACUCCAAGAUCUAGAUCUUCUUCCAAAGUUCGCUUCCAAGACGAUGUCACAGACAACGAAUAUGAGACCCGCUCUAAUCAGUCUACAUCGUCACGCAGCAUCCCAGUAGGCGAGCGCUGGGGUGGUUAUGAGAUCCCGGAGGUUGAACGUGACGCGGGGAAGGAGAUUCUUUACCAAGUUACUCAGCAAGGAUUAAACGAGUUACUGGAUCUCAUUUUCAAACCCAAAGAAGACCUUCUCAUGGAAGCUCACCGCACCCGCGCAGAAAGGAAACGAUGGUCCAAGGAGAUUGAAAGGUUUCGAGAGUGUCGUCACCGAUCCAAGGAUACCGAUAAUUAUGAUGCCGGCGUCCAGGCUGGAGAGGAGACGGAGAAUUCAAUGCAAAUUCCUAAAGAACUAUUGCUUGAGAGAGGCAUUACUAUUGAUCAGGAAUUCCUCGACGGGCUAGAUCGAGAAGAUGAGCUUCACCAGGCGGAUAUGUCCCACCCCGAAGGCAGCAUAACAUCAGGACAUUCAAGUGAACCGGAAGUUGAAUAUUUCCCGCUAGCACCCGAGAGUGAGGCUUUCCAGGGCGAAGAUAAGUAUUCGUUGACUCUAGACGACAAUACGCCCGAGACGCCUGACCCUACCCUUCCUCAAAAUCGGCCAAAUGACGAAGACCUGGUAGCACUGACAUGCACACCACAUGUUGAUGAAGUAUCAUCUAAUGCCGAUCAUCCUCAUUCGCAUUCUACAGAACCUCGUCCAAUAUAUGAAUCAGCGUCAACGUCCACAUCUACCUCUGCACCUUCUCGCCGCCAGUCCAGUAACCAACCUAGGUCACACAAUCGCUCAUUGCCCCUUCGGCUUCGAUUUCAGCAGUCACCGCCACCAAAUCGUGCGAGAACCAACUCUGGCUCGUCAUUAGCGUCAUCUUCUUCCUCCCCGCCUGUAAAGAAUGCAGUGCUCCCCUCUCCACCUCCGUCACCGAAGAUACUUGCUCGAUGGGCUCGAUUAAACAGCGCUGAACAAGAAGCUAAAGAGCGUGGCGGGUCAGGGGCUAAACUUAAUUUCGAAGAAUUUGCUAUGCGAAUGCAAGGCGAAAGGGGCAAGAGGCUGGGUUUUGUAGCGAGCUGGAUUGACAUGACUACUUUUUAA